CGCUAUCUGUGCGAUCGAGGACCAUCCACCAGUGAGCGCGAAGACUUGUUCGACUCCGGGAGGGGGAGCGCCAGGCCCGGCCCUUCUGCUUGGGCCCCGGAGCUUGCCGUCCCACCUCCGUCUGAGUCGACCUUUCCUUUCUACCCUCGACCCCCUUCUGUCUCCCCCCACCCUUCUCCGCAGAGGCCAUGGAGGACGAGGAGAGACAGAAGAAGCUGGAGGCCGGCAAAGCGAAGCUUGCCCAGUUUCGACAAAGGAAAGCUCAAUCUGAUGGGCAGAAUCCUUCCAAGAAACAGAAAAAAAAGAGGAAAACCUCAAGCAGUAAACAGGAUGUGUCAGCCUAUCAUGCCAUGAAUAUUGAUCAAUCACAGACCGAUGAGAUGUACAUAAAUAGUUCUCAGAGAGUAGGAUCAGCUGUGACUCCUGAAUCCACAGUAAUGAGAACUUUACACAGUGGAGAAAUAGUCAAGCGUGACCAGGUCUUCUCUGUUGAACCGGAAAGCGAAAUUUCAACCACAGCAGAUGACUAUAGUUCAGAGGUAAAUGGUUGCAGUUUUGUGGUGAGAACAGAAAAACCUACAAAUUUAUUAAGGGAAGAAUUUGGAGUUGAUGAUUCAUAUUCUGAACAUGGAGCACAAUACAGUGAGACUCAUCUAGAAAUGAUGGAAAAUGAAUUAGCUGGGAAACAGCAUGAGAUUGAAGAGCUAAACAGAGAACUAGAAGAAAUGAGGGCCGCCUAUGGGACUGAAGGACUGCAGCAGUUACAAGAAUUUGAAGCUGCCAUUAAACAAAGAGAUGGCAUCAUAACCCAGCUCACUGCUAAUUUGCAGCAAGCAAGAAAAGAAAAGGAUGAGACAAUGAGAGAAUUUUUAGAGUUGACAGAACAAAGUCAAAAAUUACAGAUUCAAUUCCAGCAUUUACAGGCUAGUGAAACUCUGAGAAACAGCACUCAUAGUAGCACAGCUGCAGAUUUACUACAAGCAAAACAGCAGAUCCUCAGUCAUCAGCAACAGCUGGAAGAACAAGACCACCUAUUAGAAGAUUAUCAAAAAAAGAAAGAAGACUUCAAAAUGCAAAUUAGUUUCUUACAAGAGAAAAUUAGAGCAUAUGAAAUGGAACAAAGUAAAAAAGUAGAAAACUCAAAUAAAGAAGAAAUACAGGAAAAGGAGGCAAUCAUUGAAGAAUUAAAUACAAAAAUAGUAGAAGAAGAAAAAAAAACUCUUGAGCUAAAGGAUAAAGCAACAGCUGCUGAUAAACUACUAGAAGAAUUGCAAGAACAGGUUGUACAAAAGAACCAAGAGAUAAAAAACAUGAAAUUAGAGCUGACUAAUUCUAAACAAAAAGAAAGACAGUGUUCUGAGGAAAUAAAACAGUUAAUGGGGACGGUUGAAGAACUUCAAAAGAGAAAUCAUAAAGAUAGCCAAUUUGAAAAUGAUAUUGUACAGAAAAUGGAACAAGAAACACGAAGAAAGUUAGAACAACUCCGGGCGGAGCUGGAUGAAAUGUAUGGGCAGCAGAUAGUGCAGAUGAAACAAGAGUUAAUAAAACAACACAUGUCACAGCUAGAGGAACUUAAAACACAACAUAAGGGAGAAGUGGAGAAUGCUUUAAGAUCGUAUCCAAAUAUUAAUGAAGAUCAAAUAAAGUUAAUGAAUGUGGCAAUAAAUGAACUGAAUAUAAAAUUGCAAGAUACUAACUCUCAAAAGGAAAAACUCAAAGAAGAACUGGGAGUGAUUUCAGGAGAAAAAUCUGCUCUACAGAAACAGCUUAAAGACCUUUUAGAAGAAUUAAGCUUUUCAAGGGACCAGAUUCAGAGAGCUAGGCAGACAAUAGCUGAACAAGAAAGUAAACUCAGUGAAGCCUAUAAGUCUCUUAGUACAGUGGAAGACUUGAAAGCUGAGAUUGUUUCUGCAUCUGAAUCUAGGAAGGAACUAGAAUUAAAACAUGAAGCAGAAGUCACAAAUUACAAGAUAAAACUUGAAAUGUUAGAAAAAGAAAAGAAUGCUGUGUUAGACAGAAUGGCUGAAUCCCAAGAAGCUGAGUUAGAGAGGCUGAGAACACAGCUGCUGUUUAGUCAUGAAGAAGAACUUUCCAAACUGAAGGAAGAUUUAGAAAUUGAACAUCGAAUAAAUAUUGAAAAACUUAAGGACAAUUUAGGCAUUCACUAUAAACAGCAGAUAGAUGGGUUACAAAAUGAAAUGAGUCAGAAGAUAGAAACCAUGCAAUUUGAAAAAGACAAUUUGAUAACUAAGCAAAAUCAAUUAAUUUUGGAAAUUUCAAAGCUAAAAGAUUUACAGCAAUCCCUUAUGAAUUCAAAAUCAGAAGAAAUGACUCUUCAGAUCAAUGAACUUCAAAAAGAAAUUGAAAUACUCAGACAAGAAGAAAAGGAAAAAGGUACCCUUGAACAAGAAGUUCAAGAAUUACAACUUAAAACUGAAUUAUUGCAGAAACAAAUGAAAGAAAAAGAGGAUGACCUUCAAGAAAAAUUUACACAGCUUGAAGCAGAGAAUAGCAUUCUUAAAGAUGAAAAGAAAGCCCUUGAAGACAUGUUAAAAAUAUAUACUCCUGUUAACCAAGAAGAAAGAUUCAUUUUCUUGGACUCUAGUAAUUCCAAAUCUAAAGAUGGUAGCUGGCAAAAAGAAAUAGAUAUGCUCACAGAGGAAAAUGAGAACCUCAAAGCACAAUGUAUUCAGCUAAAGGAAGAGAUUGUAAAACAAAGGAACACUUUUUCAUUUGCUGAAAAAAACUUUGAAGUUAACUAUCAAGAGUUACAGGAGGAGUAUGCUUGCCUUCUCAAGGUAAAAACUGAUUUAGAAGACAGUAAAAACCAACAAGAAGUAGAAUAUAAAAGUAAGCUUAAAGCACUUAAUGAAGAACUUCAUCAUUUGCAGAGAAUAAAUCCAUCUGUAGUAAAAAUGAAAACUUCAGUGUUUGAUGAUGAUAAAACUUUUAUACCAGAAAUGUUGGAAAUUGGUGAGGUGGUUGAGAAAGAUACCACGGAACUUAUGGAAAAACUUGAGGUAACCAAGCGAGAAAAAUUAGAACUGUCAGAGAGAUUGUCUGAUCUUUCUGAACAAUUAAAACAGAAACAUGGUGAGAUUAGUGUUCUAAGUGAAGAAGUUGAAUCUUUAAAGCAAGAGAAAGAGCAAGUUUUAUUGAGAUGUAGAGAGCUAGAAAUCAUAAUUAAUCAUAAUAGAACAGAAAAUGUAAAUGUGUUUGAUGUUCAGUCACGCUCAUUUAAAGACAGAGUUGUGACUGUGACAAGCAGGGAUUCUGAAGAGUCACUUUCUAAAAUAAAUAAAGGCUUUGUUGAAGAAUCGAGAGUAAUGAAGGAAGAUAAAAUUCCUUUUGAAAAUAUGACAAUUGGGGAAGAAAGCAAACAAGAACAGUUACUUUUGGAUCACUUGCCAUCAGUGACAAAUGAAUCAAUGCUUGAGGCAACUGAACCUGGUGAAAAUGAUAAACUUCAGCAGGAACUCAGUGUACUUAAAUCAGAACAGAACGAUUUAAGGCUACAGAUGGAAGCCCAACGCAUAUGCCUGUCUCUGGUUUACUCAACUCAUGUGGAUCAGGUUCGUGAAUAUAUGGAAAAUGAAAAAGAUAAAGCUCUUAGCAGUCUUAAAGAGGAACUUAUUUCUGCUCAAGAGGAAAUGAUCAAGGAACUUCAGAAAAUACACCAGUUAGAGCUACAGAAUAUAAAAACACAAGAAACAGAUGUCAAUCAUAAAAACAAGUUAUCUUCUCUCCAAGAUAUCAAAAAAAUUAAACAACUUGAAGAACAAGUUCAAGAAUUAGAAAACCUCACAUCCUCUUUGCAACAACGAUUGAAAGAAACUGAAGAAAACUAUGGAGCAGAGAUCCAUUCUUUGCAGGAGAGGCUUCAUGCUGUUAGUGAGUCCUCUCUUCAGCCAAGCUUCUCUGUUGAUUCAAUGGUAAUUGCUGAAUCUGAUGUACAGAAAACAAUUUACCCUGGAAGUUGUCUUCAACAGAAUAUUGAUGGUACCGUAGAGUUUUCUGGUGAGUUUGGACUAAGACAGGAAACAAAUAUGACUAAGUUGAUGGAAAAACAGUACCAAGAACGAUUAGAAGAAGAAGUAGCUAAGGUCAUUGUGUCAAUGAGUAUAGCAUUUGCUCAACAAACUGAAUUGUCUAGGAUAUCUGGGGAAAAAGGAGAUACCACACCAUCAAAACAACCACAUGUUCUCUGUCAGCAAGAAGAACAUUUUUUAAAUGAAGUGAAAUUAUCACAGGAUGAAGUUUCUUUUCAGACUUUUGAAACAAAAGACAUGAAGUUUAAAGAAGAAUUUAAACCACUUAGUAAAGAGUUAGGAGAAGAUGGAAAGCAAGUUCUAUUAUCAAAUAAUGAUAAUCUUGAUGAAAUCCUAGAAUCAAAGGAUCAUGAACUGACUAUUUCAGAAGAAAUGUUCUCCAGAGAUAAAACAUUUGUAUUUGGAGAAUCUAUCCAUGAUGAGGUUUUGGUGUCCAGCAUGGAUGCUUCUAGGCAGCUAAUGUUAAAUGAAGAACAGUUGGAAGAUAUGAGGCAGGAACUUGUAAGGCAAUACCAAGAACAUCAACAGGCAACAGAGCUAUUAAGGCAGGCACACAUGCGCCAGAUGGAGAGACAGCGAGAAGACCAGGAACAACUACAAGAAGAGAUUAAGAGACUUAAUAGGCAAUUAGCCCAGAGAUCCUCAAUAGAUAAUGAAAACCUGGUUUCAGAGAGAGAGAGGGUGCUUUUAGAGGAGCUGGAAGCGCUAAAGCAGCUGUCUUUAGCUGGAAGAGAGAAGCUGUGUUGUGAGCUGCGCAGCAGCAGUACGCAAACACAGAGUGAAAAUGAAAACGAAGGGGAAGUUGAGGAACAGCCGUUUAAAGAAAAGGAAUUGGACAGAAAACUGGAAGAUGCACCUCCUGAUAUUCUGUCCAGUGAAAGGUAUGCACUACAGAAAGCUAAUAACAGACUUCUGAAGACCCUCUUAGAAGUGGUAAAGACAACAGCAGCUGUUGAAGAAACUAUUGGUCGCCAUGUCCUUGGGAUUCUGGAUAGAUCUAGUAAGGGCCAGUCAUCUGCCAGCCUCAUUUGGAGGUCAGAGGCAGAAGCACCUAUAAAGUCAUGCAUCCAUGAGGAACACAGAGGAGUUACAGAUGAAUCUGUACCCUCUUAUUCUGGAAGUGAUAUGCCAAGAGAUGACAGUAGCAUGUGGUCAAAAGUAACUGAGGAAGGAACAGAGUUGUCACAGCGGCUCGUGAGGAGUGGUUUAACUGGAACUGAAACAGACCCUGAAAACGAAGAACUUAUGCUGAACAUUAGUUCUCGGCUACAAGCAGCAGUUGAAAAACUUUUGGAAGCCAUUAGUGAAACUAGUAGUCAGCUCGAACAUGCAAAAGUUACACAGACAGAGUUGAUGCGUGAGUCGUUUAGACAGAAACAAGAAGUGACAGAGUCCCUCAGGUGCCAAGAAGAAUUGCGAGAGCGCCUUCACGAGGAGUCUAGGGCCAGGGAACAGCUGGCUGUGGAGCUCAGUAAGGCUGAGGGUGUCAUUGAUGGCUAUGCAGAUGAAAGAACGUUUUUUGAAAGGCAAAUUCAGGAAAAAUCUGAUAUAAUAGAUCGUCUUGAGCAGGAGUUGUUAUGUGAAGGUAAUAGAUUACAAGAAUUGGAAGCAGAGAGACAGCAAAUCCAAGAAGAAAGAGAAUUACUGUCCAGACAGAAGGAGGCUAUGAAAGCAGAGGCAGGCCCUGUUGAACAACAAUUACUACAGGAAACAGAAAAGCUAAUGAAGGAAAAACUAGAAGUACAGUGUCAAGCUGAAAAAGUACGUGAUGACCUUCAAAAACAAGUGAAAGCACUAGAAAUAGAUGUCGAGGAACAAGUCAGUAGGUUUAUAGAGCUGGAACAAGAAAAAAAUGCUGAGUUAAUGGACUUAAGACAGCAAAACCAAGCACUGGAAAAACAGUUAGAAAAAAUGAGAAAAUUUUUAGAUGAGCAAGCCAUUGAUCGAGAACAUGAGAGAGAUGUAUUCCAACAGGAAAUACAGAAACUAGAACAGCAGCUUAAGGUUGUACCUCGGUUCCAGCCUAUCAGUGAACACCAAACUAAAGAGGUUGAACAGUUAACAAAUCAUCUGAAAGAAAAAACAGACAAGUGCAGUGAGCUUUUGCUGUCCAAAGAGCAGCUUCAGAGGGAUAUACAAGAACGAAAUGAAGAAAUUGAGAAACUGGAGUUCAGAGUAAGGGAACUGGAGCAAGCCUUACUCAUUAGUGCAGACACUUUUCAAAAGGUAGAGGAUCGAAAACAGUUUGGAACUGUAGAAGCUAAAGCAGAAUUGUCCCUAGAAGUACAAUUGCAAGCUGAGCGAGAUGCCAUAGACAGAAAGGAAAAAGAGAUCACAAACUUAGAAGAACAACUAGAGCAGUUUAGAGAAGAACUGGAAAAUAAGAAUGAAGAAGUUCAGCAACUGCAUAUGCAAUUAGAAAUACAGAAAAAGGAAUCUACUACCCGCUUAGAAGAACUUGAACAAGAAAACAAAUUAUUUAAGGAUGAAAUGGAGAAACUGGGAUUUGCCAUAAAAGAAUCUGAUGCUAUCUCUACUCAGGACCAACAUCUUCUGUUUGGGAAAUUUGCUCAAAUAAUACAGGAAAAAGAGAUAGAAACUGACCGAUUAAAUGAGCAAAUUACAAAACUUCAGCAGCAACUUAAAAUUACAACAGAUAAUAAGGUUAUUGAAGAAAAAAAUGAACUGAUAAGGAAUCUUGAAACCCAAAUAGAAUGCUUGAUGAGUGAUCAAGAACGUGUGAAGAAAAAUAGGGAAGAAGAAAUAGAACAGCUCAAUGAAGUGAUUGAAAAACUUCAACAAGAGUUGGCAAAUAUUGAACAGAAGACAUCAGUAGAUGCUAUUUCCCUCCCAGAAGAAGCAGAUAGUUUAAAACAUCAGUUGGAUAUGGUAGUAGCUGAAAAACUGGCUUUGGAAAAACAUUUAGAAACCACUAAUGAAGAAAUGACCUUCACAAAAAAUGUACUUGAAGAAACCAAUUUUAAAAUGAAUCAGCUAACACAAGAAUUGUGUAGCUUAAAGGAAGAAUGUGAAAACAUGAGAAAAAUCCAAAGUGUACCAGAGAAAAAUAUUAACAUGUCCGUAGAUGAUCCAAGCAAAGACAAAACUGAACUAGACAUAGUCCUUACCAAGGAUUCUGUUAAACCCCUAGAAAAUCAGACUUACCUCAAAUCUUUUGAAGAAAACAGCAGAGUUUCCAUAAGCAGUUUGGAGACAAAGCUGUUCCAACUUGAGAGCACUGUUAGUGCAAAGGAGUUAGAACUUGUCCAGUGUUAUAAACAAAUAAAAGACAUGCGAGAGCAAGGCCUGUCUGAAACAGAAAUGCUUAAAAAGAAGAUUGUAAACCUACAGAAAAUGCUUGAAGAAAAAAUUGCUGCUGCUCUUGUGAGUCAAGUCCAACUUAAGGCAGUUCAGGAAUAUGCUAAAUUCUGUCAAGAUAUACCAGCAGUUUCAUCAAAACCUGAAGGAACAAAUACACAGAAUUUAAAUGAACUAAGAGAAAAAGAGAUGGAAUCAAAUAUAUCUGCAUUAACCUUGAGAAUAUCAGAAUUAGAAAGUCAGGUGGUUGAAAUGCGUUCUAGUUUGACUUUGGAAAAAAAACAAGUACAGAUUGCAGAGAAUAAUGCUUUGGAGAAAGAAAAGAAGCUGCUAGAACUACAGAAGCUGUUGGCAGACAAUGAAAAAAAACAGGAAGGAAAUGAAAGGAAAAGAACCCCUCAAGAUUUGGAAGUCCUUGAGACAACUACUGAACUGUUCCACACCAAUGAAGAAAAUAUAUUUUUUGGAGAACUAGAGACUCUUCGAGCUGAGUCAGCAGCUACCAAAGAAGAACUUGCCAGUUAUAAAGAGAUCGCAGAAAAGCUUCAAGAAGAACUUUUGGUAAAAGAAACAAAUAUAGCAUUUCUUCAGAAAGACUUAAGUCAAGUUGAGGAUCAACUUGCAGAAGCAAAAGAGAAAUUAUCGUACUUCUUAGAAAAAGAAGAUAAGAUGGAGGAACAAGAAAACAGAAAGGUCUGCAGCUUAGAGCCACUUCCUAUUAAAGUCGGUAAAAACUCUGCAUCCCAGACAGACGGGACACUCGAGGUCAAUAGCAGCAAUCAGACCCCACAAGUUCUUGUUAGAAACACAGGGAUCCAAAUUGAUUUACAGAGUGAAUGUUCAUCCGAAGAAGUCGCUGAAAUAAUCAGUCAGUUUACUGAAAAAAUUGAACAGAUGCAAGAAUUACAUGCUGCUGAAAUUUUGGAUAUGGAAUCCAGACAUAUUUCAGAAACUGAAACCUUAAAAAGGGAGCAUUACGUUGCUGUUCAGUUACUGACAGAGGAAUGCAGUUCCUUGAAGGCAGUGAUACAGUGUUUGAGAACUAAAGAGGGAUCCUCAAUUCCUGAAUUAACGCAUUCUGACUCUUACCAAAAUAGAGAGAUAUGUUCCAGUGAUUCUGGAUCAGACUGGGGUCAGGGAAUUUAUCUUACACAAAGUCAGGGAUUUGACGCAACAUCAGAAGGCCAAGAAGAAGGUGAAAGUUCAACAGAUUCAUUUCCAAAGAAAAUAAAGGGAUUACUGAGAGCUGUUCAUAAUGAGGGUAUGCAGGUACUCUCUCUCACCGAGUCUCCCUAUAGUGAUGGAGAGGACCAUUCUGCUCAGCAAAUUUCCGAAUCUUGGCUAGAAGAGAGAAGAGCUUACCUCAGUACAAUCUCAUCUCUUAAGGAUUUAAUUACCAAAAUGCAGGUGCAGAGAGAAACCGAGGCUUAUGAUGGUUCUCAGUCUCAUGAAUGCUUCUCAGACUGGCGAGGUGAACUUCUGAUUGCCCUUCAGCAAGUUUUCUUAAAGGAGCGCAGUGUCUUACUAGCUGCAUUUCAGACUGAGCUGACGGUUCUAGGCACUAGAGAUGCAGCUGGGUUAUUAAACUGUUUGGAACAGAGAGUACAAGAACAGGGUCUGGAAUAUCAAGCAGCUAUGGAAUGCCUGCAGAAAGCAGACAGAAGGAGUUUGUUAUCUGAAAUUCAAGCACUGCAUGCUCAGAUGAAUGAUAGGAAAAUGAAUCUGAAAAGAGAACAAGAAAAUGAUCCAUCAAGCCAAGAACUUCUGGAAUAUAAUAUGCAGCAGAAGCAGUCUCAAAUGCUAGAGAUGCAAGUGGAACUUAGCAGUGUGAGAGACAGAGCAACAGAACUGCAGGAACAGCUGAGCUCGGAGAAGAUGGUGGUUGCCGAACUGCAGAGUGAACUUGCACAAACUAAACUGGCGCUGGAAACAACCCUCAAGGUGCAGCAUAAGCACCUAAAGGAAUUAGAAGCGUUCAGGUUGGAAGUUAAAGAAAAAACAGAUGAAGUACAUUUGCUUAAUGAUACAUUAGCAAGUGAACAGAAAAAAUCAAGAGAGCUCCAGUGGGCUCUGGAGAAAGAGAAAGCCAAAUUGGAACGUAAUGAAGAACGGGAUAAAGAAGAACUUGAGGAUCUAAAAUUUUCACUUGAGGGUCAGAAACAAAAGAAUAUUCAGCUAAGUCUACUUUUGGAACAACAGAAACAACUGGUAAAUGAGUCACAGCAGAAAAUAGAAUCGCAAAGAGUGAUAUACGACACCCAGUUAUCAGAAGAACAAAGUCGAAACUUAGAGCUUCAGGUACUUCUUGAGUCGGAGAAAGUUCGAAUUGAGGAAAUGAGAAGUACCUUGGAUAGGGAAAGGGAACUGCAUGCACAGCUACAGAGCAACGAUGAUGAUGGACAGCCUCGGCCAUCCCUACCCUCUGAGGACCUACUCAAAGAGCUACAAAAACAGCUAGAGGAGAAACACAGUCGCAUAGUUGAAUUGUUAAACGAGACUGAGAAAUAUAAACUGGAUUCUUUGCAAACAAGACAGCAAAUGGAAAAGGAUAGGCAGGUUCACAGGAAGACUUUGCAGACAGAACAAGAGGCCAACACUGAGGGACAGAAAAAAAUGCAUGAGCUCCAGUCUAAAGUGGAAGAUCUUCAGCGGCAGCUGGAAGAGAAAAGGCAGCAAGUUUAUAAGUUAGACCUCGAAGGAAAGCGACUUCAAGGAAUUAUGCAGGAAUUCCAGAAGCAAGCGCUAGAACGAGAAGAAAAACGAGAAAGUAGAAGAAUUUUAUAUCAUAAUCUUAAUGAGCCAACCACAUGGAGUUUAACCAAUGAUCGAACUAGAAAUUGGGUUCUUCAGCAGAAAAUAGAAGGAGAGACAAAGGCAUCAGGCUAUCCUAAACUGAUGGAAAUGAAUGGAGGAGGAAUUGGCUGUAAUCAUGAAUUAGAAAUGAUCAGACAAAAGCUUCAACGUAUGGCUUCAAAACUACAGCAUCUAGCUCAGAAAGCUUCUAACAGACUACAGUUUGAAACAGCAGAUAAUGAAGAUUUCAUUUGGGUUCAAGGAAAUAUUGAUGAAAUUAUUUUACAACUACAAAAACUAAUUGGCCAGCCAGUCGAAGAGCCUAGCUUAGUUUCCCCAAAUACUACUACCUGUGGCUCAUUGACUGAAAGACUACUGAGACAAAAUGCUGAGCUGACAGGACAUAUCAGCCAACUGACUGAAGAAAAGAAUGAUUUAAGGAACAUGAUUAUGAAGCUAGAAGAGCAGAUCAAGUGGUAUCGACAGACAGGAGCUGGUAGAGAUUAUUCUUCUAGGUUUUCAUUCAGUGGUGGUGCCAACAUUGAUAGCAUUAUUGCUUCCGAAAAAGAAAUCUGGAACAGAGAAAAGUUGGCUCUCCAAAAAUCCUUAAAAAGGGCAGAAGCUGAAGUGUACAAACUGAAGGCUGAACUGAGAAAUGAAGCUUUACUUCAAAAUCUGAGCCCUGAUUCUGAGCAUGCCACUUUGAAGAGAAUUUAUGGUAAAUACCUGAGGGCAGAAAGUUUCCGGAAAGCUCUAAUUUAUCAGAAGAAAUACCUGCUGCUGUUACUGGGUGGGUUCCAAGAAUGUGAAGACGCCACCCUGACCCUGCUUGCCCGGAUGGGAGGGCAGCCGGCCUUCACCGAUCUAGAGGUGGUGACCAACCGUCCAAAGGGCUUCACCAGGUUCCGGUCUGCUGUCAGAGUGUCCAUUGCAAUUUCAAGAAUGAAAUUUUUGGUUCGACGAUGGCAUCGAGUCACAGGUUCUGGCUCCAUCAACAUUAAUAGGGAUGGCUUUGGACUGAAUCCAGGUACAUUUUGGAUUACUUUAGGUGCUGCAAAGACUGAUCCAUUUUAUCAUUCUUCUGGUGGGCUGGAGCUAUAUGGAGAACCAAGACACACUACAUAUCGUGCAAGAUCAGAUCUGGACUAUCCUAGGUCUCCUUUACCAUUUCAAAAUAGGUACCCAGGCCUUCCAGCUGAUUUAAAUCCUGGUUCCCUAGCAUGUUCUCAGCUUCAGAAUUAUGAUCCUGACAGAGCCCUGACAGAUUAUAUCACUCGGCUAGAGGCACUGCAGAGGCGACUGGGAACUGUACAGUCAGGUUCAACUACUCAGUUUCAUGCUGGCAUGAGAAGAUAAUCCUUUGAAAACAUCAUCAAUCAAAGUGAUUUUAAACAAAUUCCCUUUUGUAAAUCAAUGGUUCUUUUGUGCUUUUGUAUUGUGAAUAUUCAGUGGGACCAAUAGGAACACAGCUUAUGAUUGUAUGCAAAUCCCUUGCCAGCACAUGAAAACAAACUGGAAUUUGUAUAUAUAAGCAUUGUGUAUGUAUUCAUGCACAGUAAUCAUUAAAUUACCUGUAUAUUUGUGGAAUGCUAAUUUAAAUGAUUAAGUUAUAAAACCUGUGUAUUUAUCAAAUGGGUGAAAAGAUUAAACUUUUGCGCAUUAUGAUACUGCUGAAUGUGUAGCUUGAGGUGUCCUGCACUUUUCUUAAAAGGCUACUGAAGUUACAUGUUUCUGCCUAAUAUAUUUGCUACUGGUGAUGCAGACAGAAAAUAUCACUUGUAGAGACCUAUUUUUGUAUAAUGGUAGAAGUUUUGAAUUUUGGGGGGUAUUUUGUCAAGUACUGAAAUAAAAAUUACUUCACCAUUUUAAUCACUGUACAUUUGAACCUUCAUUUUCAACUGAGCCAUAAUUCUUGGUGUAUAUCCUCUAAUUGCGUGUCUCAAAUACAUGAGACUUAUGGAUUCAGAAAGAAAGUUGUCCUGAUCUUACAAUUAAGUUACCAUUGAGGUUUUUCUCCUCCCUUUAUUGGGCAAGAAAGUUUUCCAUGUUCCUUUAUGUCAACCUUACAUCUGCCGAUAAUUUUUAUAAAGCUGUAUUAGUACUUUCAUGAUUACCAUAUGUUUACAUAUUCCCUCGCCAGCCGGACCCUUGCCCCACAAGCCACCCUCACAAGCACCACCAUGGCAAUCCCCUUCCACAUGUUGCUGUAAAAAACAAAAAUUAGCAUAUCAUGCUUACGAAAAUACCUUGGGGGAUGGGGAAGGCCAUGGCCAGCAAAUACAGAAGGCACACAUUGUCUAAAAAUAUGGUAAUACAUAUUUGCUCUAUUAUUAGUGUUACUUGUGUUUCUCAUGUCCAAAGAUGUGUCUUUACUAAGCCACAGCCCACUGAAAUGUAGAAAUCAUUUAAUGUAAAGAAUCUUAAAUUUUCUUUUUUUUAGACAUUAUUUUAAACCUUCCUUCUGCCUCAAUGACUUAUUUUGUCUACUAGAGGCAUAAAAAAGGGGGAGGGGGCUUCAACUCUUCUCGUAACUUUUUGCCACUUUCCGGUCAUGCUGUAUACAAUCUGUGAAAUGAUAAAAUUCUAGGUGAUCAAAAGGAGACUAGCUGAACUAUAAGGUAAAUAAAUAAUCAGUCAUUAAAUAAUUAAGAGUUUGGUAGCUAUAUGCUGACGUAAGUAUUCUUUUUGUUUGUUUUAUUGUGCUUUAA